CUCAAUUCGAUUUGUUGUGUUUACCUUAUUCGAUCGCUCACUCAUCAUACGGUAUUGGGUUCCCUCUGGUAAGCUUUUGGUUCGGCGCCUCUGUGGCGAAAAGCUUUCCCACACACACUCUGCCACAAUCCCAUGAGUUGAAUGAAUGCGAAGCAGCGGCAACUUCAACAGCGGUUAAAUGCUGCCACCAACAACGUCAACUUCAUAUGUAAAUAUUGCCCGAAUUCGUGAGUAAACCUUAAAAAGCGCCUGCGCGCAGAGAGAAAAAGAGAGAGAGAGAGUGUAGAAAACUGCUUCCUUGCAGGCUGCAGCUGCCACGUGCGAGUCAGGAGAACAAAGUACGAAGAGCGCUGGUGGUGUCGUCGUGAGCGUAACGGAGCAGAGGCAAUCUGGCCAGCGGGCAAUUCAUUUGGCCAAGAAGCUUCGUGGCGUGCGGGCGUUGUGUCGUGCCGAAAAAUGCGCGCGUAAAACUGAUAAAAAAUAAUUAGAAUUGAGAAAAACCAAAAAAAAAUCCGACAAAACACAAAAAAGAAAAAUAAAACGCAAGUGAAGAAAACAAGAGCAAAGAAAACCCGAAAAAAAGCAAAACGGAAUAUCGUACGAGCCAGCUUCCAUGCUGGCCCAAAGAGUAACAGCAGCAAUGUGUUUAUGUGAUGCGUGAAUGAAGUGCCAGAAACGAGCAGUCAGAAAUCAACGCCAGACGCCAGUAAAAUGUUGGCCAAAUGUUUGGCCAACAAGCGCAAGCGUGCUGUGUUGCUGUAGUCGAUAAUGUCGUUGGCGCUGGCAGUGCCAGGAGCGGAUCCCCGGCCAGUUACCGUGCCAGGCCAUAAUCAUCAUUUGAAUGCGCCGAAGGUGAAUAACUCUAAAUGCAAUAACAAUAACAAAGGCAGAGCCACAGCAGCAGCAGAAGCAGCAGCAGCAACAACAACUACAUAAAUAUCCACAUACACAUAAGUAAACAAUAACGAUAACGAUAAACGUAACGAUAACGAUAACUAGCAGCAACAUUGCCACACAGCACCACCCAGCAGCAGCAGCAGCGGCCCAACUAGGCACGCAGAGUGCGUCAUGUUAGCAGCAACAACAGCAGCAAUAACAACAGCAACCACAACAUCAGCAAUAUUAACAAUUACAAGUUUAGCAGCAGCAGGAACAUCUUCAUCUCCAUCUCCAUCGCCAUCGUCGCUUCAUCGACAGCCAGCGUCGUUAGCGCCAUGGUAUUGAGCACGGAAUGGUCGCAGGUGGAGGUUAUCGAUCUGAUCAACGAUGGCAACGGCCUGGGGUUCAUUUUGGUGGGCGGACGCAGCACGGGCGUCGUUAUCAAGGCGCUGACGCCGGGCGGCGUCGCUGAGCGCGAUCAGCGACUGCAGUUGGGCGAUCAUCUGCUGCAAAUUGGCGAGGUGAAUCUGCGCGGCUUCAGCUCGGAGCAAGUGGCCACAGUUCUUCGUCAGACCGGAGCUCAGGUGCGUCUGAUUGUGGCACGGCCCGUUGAGCCGACGGCCAUCGACUACCAUACGCUGGCCUGUCAUGCGCCCAUUAUACCAACUAAGCUCCUCUCCGACCCAGAAGAACUGUCGCGGCAUCUCUUUCAAAACCCGAGCUUGGCCACCGCCAACACAACAGCAGCAGCAGCCGCUGUGGCAGCCAACGCGCUCGAUGUGGGCAGUCUGGUUGGUCUCGUCACCGGCGCCCCGGCUGGCGAUAGUGCUGACAUGGGCAACAUUUCGGCGCCCAAUUACACGCCCACGUCUGCAUCUCAAACUGUUCCUGACACGGAACUGGCUGAUCUUCCCCUGCCUCCCAUACCCACAAAUAUGCACACACACGCGCACACACACAUGCAUAGCAUGAACAAUGCGGGCAGUGCGGAUUGCCUGCAGGACAUGGACAUUGUGCCAUACUCGAUAUUAUCGCCACCGCCAACGACUGCGCUGCUGACGGCGCGACAAUCGCUGCAGCUGCCGCUGCUGGAUCCACGCUGGUCGGCCGAGGAUGAGCUGCUGCACAUCGAUGGUGGCACUGUGAUAGCCGGCAAACGAUUGGCAACGCCCAACGAUGUGCAUGGCGAUGGCGACGGCAAUGUGGAUGGCGACUGUUGUUCCAUUGGCACCGGUUCGCCAACGCCCUCGUCCUACAUUGAUUCACCCGAAACGGAAACGUAUGUUGUGGAGCUGCACAAGAAUGUCUAUGGCCUGGGCAUUACGGUGGCUGGCUAUGUGUGCGAGGAGGAGGAUCUCUCGGGCAUCUUUGUGAAGAGCAUCAUUGAGGGCAGCGCUGCGGAGAUGAGCGGCCAGAUACAGAUCAAUGAUCGCAUUGUGGCCGUCGAUGGACGCACGCUGGCGGGCGUGACGAAUCAUCAGGCUGUGGAGCUGCUGAGGAAUACGGACAUUGAGGUGCAUCUGACGCUGGAGCGUUUCCUGCGUGGCCGCAAGUUCGAGCAUCUGCAGGUGGCACUCACGGAGAUGAAAGGCGGCAGCGCUAACGAUGGCGAUGGGCAAUCACAGCUGUCGAUGCCCGCCUCGCCGUCCAUAGCGACGCUCAGCUGGCUGCCGCCGAAAUCCGCCGAUGCGGACUCCAUUGUCACCGACAACGAUGGCGACGUCGAUGGCGAUGGCGUUGGCCAGCUGCUGCUCGCUGACAGCGAUUUGCCCUCCCGUGACACCGUGGACUCGAAUAUGUCGCACGUGCUGGACCGCAGCGAUCCGAGUGCGCCGCGUCUAACCAAUGGCAAUGCCAGCAGCAGCUGCAGUGGCGUCGCCAAUCUGGGCAAUGGCCAUGAUCAUGACGGUGACAGUGGCAACGACACCGACGAGCAGUGUCCAGAGCCCGAGCUUGAGUCGAAGCCGGCCCAGCAUAAAGCGGCCCACGUGUCGCCCACGUUGUCGGAGACUGAGCCCGAUCAUGGCAAGACGCCCACCAAUGAGCAGCAGGGUGUGCUCAUUGGCGACACGCCCACUGCCGCACCAGCUGCCGCCUCCGUCGCCGCCGCCGCCGCCAUGCCGACGAAACUGGCCAGUCCCAGCGCCGCCUCGUUGAGGGUGGCCUGGAAAAGUGAGUUUCCCGAAAGUGAAAUAUUAGUUGCCGAAAUAAAUAAACUUUCAGGUCUAGGAAUCAGCCUCGAGGGCACCGUCGACGUCGAGUGCGGCAUUGAGAAGCGUCCGCAUCAUUACAUACGCUCAAUACUCGAAGACGGCCCCGUCGGCCGCCAGGGCAUCCUGCGGCCCGGCGACGAGCUGCUCCAGGUCAACGAGCACAAGCUGCAGGGCCUGCGACACAUUGAUGUGGUCAAGAUACUUAAGGAGCUGCCGGCGAGCGUAAAGCUCGUCUGUGCACGCGGCACACGGGCGCCGUCCAUCAUCAAUACCUCGCAGAAUGCGGAGGCAUUUGAGACGCGCAGUCUGCUGCCGGGCGGCCAUCAGAGUCUGCAGAAUCUGUUAAGCAAGGCGCAGUCGGAGAGUUCGCUGUAUACGUCCAGCACUGCGACGUUAACGGAUACGGCAGCUGCAGCGGCUGCGGGCGGCGCGGGCGGUGCACAGCGCUCCAAGUCGCUGGAGAAUGUGUCCGGGCUGGCGCUGUGGAGUUGCGAAGUGACGGUGGUGAGCAUUGAAAAGACGGAGCAGGGCUUCGGUUUCUCCAUACUCGACUAUCAGGAUCCGCUCGAUGCGGAGGGCAGUGUUAUUGUGAUACGUGGCCUGAUACGCGGUGGUGCUGCGGAGGCAACGAACGAGAUCUUUCCCGGCGAUCGCCUCAUCAGCGUCGGUGACCACGCGCUUCAGGGCCUCGAGCUCGACGAGGCCGUCGCCAUACUCAAGGCAAUGCCGCCGGGCGUCACGCGUCUGGGUAUUUGUCGGCCGCUGUCCACGUCGGACAGUAACAGCAACAUUGCCUCGCCCAUUGGCGACUCGGCCAGCAGCACAUAGUGUCAGCUGGAGGAGCAACAACAGCAACGAAGUUGCCAACGCCAGUUUACAGACCAUUAUAUGAUGACCCUCAUAUCGGCCACUUGAAAGCAGCGAAUAACUCGACAGCGACAAACCAACUAAACACAGCUAAAACACCAAAAAUGCCAGCAGCAUAACCAGAACCAGCAACAGCAACCAGAAACAGAACCAGAACCAGAAAUGGCUGCAGUCUAAUUCAGCGGAACUGAAAAUGGGACAAUUUGUAUAUAGAUAGAUAAACCACACACACAACAUGGAUGUAGCAUUAAAAUUACACACACACACACACACAACAAAUAGGGAUACACGUAUUUUACCCCUUAUACAGACCAUAUAACAUAACGUAGUUAAAUCUAAUAGAUCUGACAGUGCUGACGUGUUAUUGAUUGCAAUGCAAACACAUAAAGGAUACGCAUAACUACCAUAUAAAUUAAAUGCUACGUAACAUAUAUAGAUAGUUCUCUCAUAUUUGGCACAUUGCGAGCUCAGAGAUUCCAAAAUAUUUAUAACACAAAUUGCAAUAUCAAUAAAUACAUUUUUAAUAACUGUCGUCGUCAGCUGUCAACGGCAUCAAAAUGUUGUCGAACAAAUUUCAAAGUAACACUCACAAAGCAAAAGCAAAUGGAAAAAAGCAAAAACCAAAAACAAAAAUAAUAGUUAUAAUAAUAAUUGGAAAAUUGCAUAACAGCUCUUUCUCUGUAUCAAUCUCUCUCGAAAUAUUGUAGUUUGCAAAUAGUGCUCUCGAAUAGUUUUCACCAUUUUUUUCGCAAUUGUAAAUAUUUAAAAGGGAGUUUUUUGUUGAUUGCAUCUUUCUUAUUUUGUAGUAUUGGGAAGGGGUUUAAGAUUCAUUGCCUUGGCGGGGAGGGAGCAGGGAGGUCGAUCCUCCCGACAAUAGCAUUUAAGUAGGCAGCAAAAACAUGAAACUAAAUAAAAAAUGAAAAAUUUAACAAUUGUAAAUUAUCUAAUGUUAGCGCAAAACGGAAUCGAAAGAUGUAUGUAUUCAAAUUUAAAAGGAGUAAACCAAAAAUAUAAUAGAAAAAAUUCUAUGCUUAUAUAUAUGAAAAUUUAUAUAUAUACACUCACAACACAAUUGACCAAACAAAAGUUAAACUUUAUAUUUAGAAACUUAAAUGAACAUACUUUCAAAUAGCUGCAACUAAAUGAAAGCCAACUGAAUAGAGACUUGUUCAAACCAAAAAAAAAAAAAAGCAGUUCGCAUCUUCUAGCAUAAUGUCAUUUCGAAUCUAAUAUGCAUUUGGUCUUAAUAAUCACAUCUAUUCACUCUCGUACUACGAUAGCACACUUCGAUAUCAAGCAGUUCUUAAAGCUUCGCUCAUUAUUCGAUAAAGCAAAAUUAGCAGAAUGCUUGUUAGUGAUACUAAUUUUAAAAAGAAAUACCCAGAUAAUGUUACUUUGUUUAGCGAUUACUCGACGAUGUGUUCUUUAAAGUAUUUCAAUUUGCAAUAAAAACAAAAGACAGAAGUAAAACCGAAGCCAAAAGCAUUUUUACAUAAUUUAUGUGUAGUAAU